CUACCCCACACUGUCAAGUUACGCGCAACACGAUGCCCGGUCAGCGCGCAGGAAAGAGCUCUAGGGCUGUCGGUCCCUCCGAUGGGGGCUCGUCUGGCAAGCAGUCUCUGAGCGAGGCACAAGAAUCAGAACUGUACGGCAACGGCGGCGACAUGUCUGGCUACAAUCUGUCCAUCGCCGCUGCAGACGGGGACGACGACAUGGAAGAUGCCGGACUCAAUGGAAGGUCCCUGGUUGGACAAUACACAGCAACGAAAGACAUGCUAAACGAGUUUGCGCAUGGCGACACUGCGGAGGCAGAUAUUCUCGAUAGCCGCGAGAAGCAGGCGCAGAUUGCAUCACGCGAGACCGACUACCAGCGAAGGAGAUUCGACCGCAGACUAUCACCAGAGCGCGCCGAUGCUUUCGCUAAAGACGGGCAACAAGGAGAGGGCGCGACAUACAAGGAGGUCAUGGCGGCGCGACAGCUAGAACGUGAGGAGGAACGCGUCAGGAGGGUCAUCGAGGAGAAGGAGAAGUCUGGCGGCAAUGAAGUGCUGGACCACAAGCCUACGCUGAAGGAUGAUGCUCCAGCACCCGUCAACGGCGACAAGACUCCACCCAUAGAGAAGAAGCGCAAGAGGAGAAGAUGGGACGAGGGCGCCGCCGACGAAGCUCCAGCUGUCAAGGCAGAGGUAAAAGAAGAGCCGGAAGUCAAGAAGUCGAGAUGGGAGACGGGACCGGAGGAACAAAAGGCCCCAGCACGAUCACGAUGGGACACCACCGCAGUAGCACCCUCGAGUGGCGCACCACCAGCACCAGCUACAGGUGCGAAUGGCGCACGUCCUGCGAUGCCCGCAUACGCCUUCGGUACAGACAUCUCCAACCGCAACGCCCCGCUAUCCGACGAGCAGCUUGAUAUGAUGCUCCCCGGCGAGUCUGAGGGCUACAAGGUGCUUAAGCCACCGCCAGGCCACGAGCCAGUACGCCGCCCUGUGGGCGUUCCACAGCUACCCACGGGAUAUCAAGGCUUCUUGAUCCCAGAAGCAGACAACAGCUUGGCGGCCAUGGGCAAGCAGCUACCAACGGAGAUCCCAGGUGUUGGCGAUCUGCAGUUCUUCAAGAACGAGGACAUGAAGUACUUUGGCAAACUCACCGACGGAGCUGACGAGAACGAGAUGACCGUGGAAGAACUCAAGGAGCGCAAGAUCAUGAGACUACUCCUGAAGGUCAAGAACGGAACACCGCCCAUGCGAAAGACCGCGCUGCGACAGCUCACGGACAAUGCUCGCCAGUUCGGAGCAGGAGCUCUGUUCAACCAGAUCUUGCCCCUAUUGAUGGAACGUACAUUGGAGGACCAGGAGCGCCAUCUGCUUGUCAAGGUCAUUGAUCGUGUCUUGUACAAGCUUGACGAUCUUGUACGACCAUAUGUGCACAAGAUCUUGGUAGUCAUUGAGCCACUGCUCAUUGAUCAAGACUACUAUGCACGAGUGGAAGGUCGAGAGAUUAUCUCAAACCUUGCAAAGGCUGCUGGCCUUGCACACAUGAUCAGUACAAUGCGUCCAGAUUUGGAUCACCAGGACGAAUACGUACGAAACACAACUGCUCGAGCUUUUGCAGUCGUCGCGUCUGCUCUCGGUAUCCCAGCUCUUCUCCCCUUCCUCCGCGCUGUGUGCAGGUCGAAGAAGUCAUGGCACGCUCGUCACACCGGUGUGAAGAUUGUGCAGCAGAUCCCCAUCCUGAUGGGUUGUGCUAUCUUGCCCCACCUGAAAGGUCUCGUUGAAUGUAUCGGAGAGAACCUGAACGAUGAACAGCCAAAGGUCCGCAUGGUCACAGCCCUCGCCCUUGCUGCGCUUGCCGAAGCCGCCAGCCCAUACGGUAUCGAGUCUUUCGACGAUAUUCUCAACCCUCUAUGGACAGGUGCUCGACGACAGCGUGGCAAGGCUCUUGCUUCUUUCCUGAAAGCUGUGGGUUAUGUCAUCCCGCUUAUGGACGAGGAGUACUCCAACUACUACACCAGUCAGAUCAUGGAGAUUGUCAUUCGAGAGUUCCAAUCGCCAGAUGAGGAAAUGAAGAAGGUCGUCUUGAAGGUGGUCUCCCAAUGUUCGAACACAGCAGGUGUUACACCAGUAUAUCUGAAGGACAACGUGCUGCCGGAAUUUUUCAAGCACUUCUGGGUACGACGUAUGGCUCUCGACAAGCGAAACUACCGCCAAGUCGUGGACACCACAGUCGACCUCGCUCAGAAGGCCGGUGUCGCUGAGAUCGUUGGCCGCAUCGUUAACAAUAUGAAGGACGAGAACGAAGCAUACCGCAAGAUGACAGUCGAGACCGUUGACAAAGUCAUCAGCACACUCGGUGCGCAUGAUGUAGACCAGCGCUUAGAGGAGCAGCUGAUCGACGGUGUCCUCGUUGCAUUCCAGGAUCAGACUAUCGAAGAUCCCAUUGUCAUUGAUGGUUUCGCUACCGUUGUCAAUGCACUAGGCGAGCGCACAAAGACCUACCUCCCACAGAUCGUUGCUACAGUUCUCGCUCGUCUGAACAACAAGUCUGCUACUGUGCGACAGCAAGCGGCAGAUCUGAUCUCGCGCAUCACGUUCGUUAUGCAGAAGUGUGAUGAAGACCCGCAGCUGAUCAAACUUGCUCAGGCCCUGUACGAGUACCUCGGUGAAGAAUACCCAGAGGUCCUCGGUUCGAUCUUGGGCGCUCUCCGUGCCAUUGUUACUGUCGUCGGUCUUCACGCCAUGCAACCACCCAUCAAAGAUCUCUUGCCUCGACUCACACCUAUUCUUCGUAACCGACACGAAAAGGUGCAGGAAAACACAAUCGAUCUUGUUGGUCGUAUUGCUGAUCGUGGUGCUAACUACGUCAACCCGCGCGAAUGGAUGCGAAUUUGCUUCGAGCUGCUGGACAUGUUGAAAGCACACAAGAAGGGCAUUCGACGUGCUGCCAACAACACAUUCGGUUAUAUAGCCAAAGCCAUUGGUCCUCAGGAUGUGUUGGCCACACUGCUUGGUAACCUGCGUGUUCAGGAACGUCAGUCCCGCGUCUGUACCGCUGUCGCCAUCGGUAUCGUCGCCGAAACUUGCGCUCCCUUCACAGUCCUACCUGCUCUGAUGAACGAGUACCGUGUACCAGAGCUCAACGUUCAGAACGGUGUGCUCAAGUCACUGUCAUUCAUGUUCGAAUACAUUGGCGAAAUGGCCAAGGACUAUGUAUACGCCAUCACGCCUCUGCUUGAAGACGCCCUCAUCGACCGAGACCAAGUGCAUCGCCAGACCGCCGCGUCAGUCGUCAAGCACGUCGCCCUUGGCUGUGUUGGUCUAGACUGCGAAGAUGCCAUGAUCCACCUGCUCAACCUUUUGUGGCCCAACCUGUUCGAAACCAGCCCUCACGUCAUCGACCGCAUCGUCGAGGCUAUUGAGGGUAUCCGCAAUGCUGUCGGCACACCACUGGUCAUGAACUAUGUAUGGGCUGGUCUCUUCCACCCUGCCCGUAAGGUCCGACAACCAUACUGGCGCAUUUACAACGAUGCAUACGUGCAGUCAGCCGACGCAAUGGUGCCUGCAUACCCUACGUUCGAGGAGGAAAACAUGAGGAGACACGAGCUGGACAUCUUCAUCUAAAAGUGAGAGCAUUCGACCUUUCUUUGGUAUUGUCGCCCACCAUGUGUAUCAUUAUCGGCGAGUAGAUUGGAGUUUUGGGCGUUGUUAACCUUGUAUAAGAGCGACGCAGGCAGCCUUCCGUGCAACAGCCUUCACAGGGAACGAUAGUUGGACACUAAGUAUGGUAACGAAAUACAAUCUGUA